ACUUGACCGUCUUAUUAACGACAGUGUUUUUUGCGGAAGGAUUUGGGCUACAUGCAUAAACGAAUGCUAGGUGGUUUAGUCCUCGCUAACUGCUCUCCAUUAUCUUGAAAUAGUAUGGGAGAAUAUGAGGGAACAUGCGGUUGCAAGGGCAUUAGAACAUGUUUAAUAUGUGAACAGCAACAACAUAAAACUCUCAUUCCAAGGAACUUUACCAGCGCAGAACAGGUACAAUUACAAAACCGAGGGCAAGUUGAAGAGUCGUGGGAGUCGUACUGCUACUGUUGGAGGUGCAACACAGCAUGGGGACCUAGGCAUACAGACGAUUUCGCCAACCCGCCCAUCACUGAGCUGACGGCAUGUGACCACACGGGGAGAGCGUUAGAAUUCCCGGGAGUUACUGUCGUGCCGGAGUUUGUUUCCAAGGAGGAGGAGGCAGAACUUGUGAGGACCAUUGAUGCGUCGCCAUGGAAACCGUCCCAAUCUGGGAGAGUUAAACAGGACUAUGGCCCCAAAGUAAACUUUAAACGGAGGAAGCUCAAAACGGCGGGUUUCACUGGCCUGCCAUCGUUCAUCAAGCCCUUCGUUGAGCGGAUGAACGAACACGAGAGCCUGAGUGACUUCAUACCCGUCGAGCAGUGCAAUCUGGACUACCGACCCGAGAGGGGGUCGGCCAUUGACCCCCACCUAGAUGACAGUUGGCUGUGGGGCGAGCGACUCGUCACCAUCAACUUGAUCUCGGGGACCUAUUUAGACAUGACCCCUAUUCAGAGCCCAGGGAACGAGGAUACCCGGACUACACCGGUAUCUGUUAGGAUCCCACUUCCGCCGCGGAGCUUGCUUGUCCUGUCGGGUCCUGCUAGGCACCAGUGGAAUCAUGGGAUACGGAGGGAGGCUAUCGUGUCCCGACGCAUCGCCGUGACACUCAGGGAGCUGACCGGGGAGUUUUUGGUGGGCGGGGCCCAGGAGGAUAUUGGAAGGGAGGUGCUGUCUGUUGCCAAAAUGUUCACAGGGACUGUGGUUCCUUAAGCAGUGUUGUUAUUCGGAAGACAUCGUGAUGGGUUUGUAAAAUAUAAUUCAUGAUUUAGGUUUCUGGGGGCAUGACAUUUUUUAAAAAUUCGAAUUAAGAAAUACGUGAAUGAUUGAUAAUACAUGAACUGAAAAUCAAACUGAAAAUUCUGGACCUGAAUUUAUUUACAAAGGAAGAAAAAUACAAAUUUUUCUUAAUCCCAAGAUUUACACCUCAAAAGUUGUACAUAUUUACAGGAUUUUUUUAUACAAAGCUCUUUUACUGAAAUAAUAUAAUAGAUGUGGCAUUUGCUUAUUAACUCUAAAAUUGGCCUUGGUGAAAAUUAAAAUUGUACACAUUUGUCGAAUGGA